UCGAUCAUAUGAGAAAAAACUGCUGCAAGAGGCUAAAAUCCUACUUUCCAGGUUCUCUUCGUUCAACUUUUAGAAGAGAAGCGUUGUUUGUUCUGUUGCCACUUCCAAAGCUCCAUCCAUCUCGCUCCUCGUCCAGCCUAACACCCCGACCCUCAAUAGCUUCAGACCCACAUGAGAGCAGCAACUCAAGAGAGCAUAAUCUUCACUCUCUCUUUAAGAAAUGUUCUACUUUGAAGAAUGUAAAUCAAAUCCAUGCCCAAAUCAUCCAAACCGGCUUUGAACAAAACCUGUUUAUGUUGGCCAAGAUCAUCAUAUUUUGUGCAGAUUCCGAACAUGGACCAAUGGAUUACGCGGUCUCUGUCUUUGAACAAAUCCGAAGCCCAGAUGGGUUUCUCUGGAACACCAUGAUACGGGGAUUCGGAAAGACCAGUAAACCAGAUAAUGCUUUCGGUUUCUACAAGAGAAUGCUAUACAAGGGAGAGGUAGCAGACAACUUCACCUACUCUUUUUUACUCAAAAUAUGCGGACAGUUGAGAUCAGUUGAGCUGGGUAAGCAAAUUCACUGUGCUACACUGAAGCAUGGCCUGGACUUUCAUGUAUUUGUCAGAAACACUCUCAUCCAUAUGUACGGUAUGUUUACAGACAUCGAAACCGCACGGCAGCUGUUCGAAGAAAUACCCAGAACAGAAUUGGUCGCUUGGAACAUAAUCAUUGAUUGCAAUGUCCAUUGUGGCCAUUACAAAGAAGCUCUCGAGCUGUUCUUAAGAAUGCAACAAAGUUCCAUGGAACCUGAUGAGGCAACAUUGGUUGUUGUCCUCUCUGCAUGUGCUGAAUUGGGUGCAUUAGAUUUUGGGAGGUGGAUUCAUUCUCGAAUCGAUUAUACCAGUUUCAGCGAUAUUAUCUCGGUAUGCAACUCUUUGAUCGACAUGUAUGCAAAGUGCGGUGCGAUUGACAAUGCUCGUCAAGUAUUCAAUAAGAUGAAUCAGCGGAAUAUAGUAUCAUGGAACUCAAUGAUACUAGGACUUGCAAUGCAUGGAUAUGCAGAUGAUGCAUUGGAACUAUUCUCUAAAAUGAUGGAAGGUAAGCUUGAGACACCAAAUGACAUUACUUUCUUAGGAGUCUUGUGUGCUUGCAGUCACAGAGGGCUGGUAGAUGAAGGGAAAUAUUAUUUUGAUAUCAUGAAGAGGGAAUACCAAUUACAACCAACAAUAAAGCACUAUGGAUGCAUGGUAGAUCUUCUUGGGAGAGCAGGUUUUGUGAUGGAAGCAUACCAACUAAUAAGGAGCAUGCCAAUUGAGUGUAAUGCUAUUGUGUGGAGGACACUGCUGGGUGCUUGUCGGGUUCAUGGGCAAAUUCAACUGGGGGAGAGGGUGAGGAGGCAUCUCCUGGAGUUAGAGCCAGAUCACAGUGGAGAUUAUGUUCUUCUUGCAAAUAUGUAUGCAAGUACAGGUCAGUGGAAUGAUGUCUUCAGGGUCAGAACAGCAAUGAAAAAUAGAGCAGUUCAGAAACCAAAGCCUGGUAACAGUUCUAUCGAUGUUCAGCCUUCAUACUGUGGUUAUUGGUCAGAGAUAGGGUCAACUGAACCAUGUAAAAAAAUUAGUACUGCUCAGAUGGGUGUUGAUACAAAACUUCCUCCUUGUAUCCAUUAAUUAAAUACACUUAAUUUAUGUACUAUUGUUUCUUGCACUUCAAGCCCAAAUUAUAUUGAUGCUGUCUCUUAGAAGGCACUCCAAGAAUAGAUGAUCUAAAAAGUUCUA